AUGCCCACCUUACCCAUCCUCUGCUUCAACGACGUCUACCGCGUCUCACAGAAAUAUGUAGCUCAGCCAGGCGCGCCAGAGAGGCGAAAGCUCCAUCCCGAUCAGGCCAAAGAGGACGGCGAUGGCGAGGCAAAGAUAAACGUGGCUCAGUUCGGCCAGCUCUUGUUCUCGCAUCGGGAUGAGUGGGCGGAUCGGAAGGGCGACGGCAGCGAUGAUGCGAAAGAGGAGAAGGAGGGUCUGGUGCUAUUCGCUGGGGAUGUCUUCAACCCGAGCGUGGAGAGCUCGGUGACGAGAGGAAGUCAUAUGGUGCCGGUCAUGAACGCCCUCAAGAUCGAUUGUGCCUGUAUAGGCAACCACGACUUUGACUUUGGCUUUCCGCAUUUGACAAAGCUGCUUGAGAGCACCAACUUCCCCUGGCUUCUCUCCAACAUUGUCGAUCAACAUACCGGAACCACGCCGGAGCCAUUACGCAGGUUCUGGGUGACGGAACGAGACUGGAUAGCGACGAUUCCAUCAUGGCCCGAGCACUUCUCGUAUCGGGACAUGGCCGAUACGGCUCGAGCGCUAUCGAAGGAGCUCAGAGAUCCGAAGGGAGAGCACAAAGUUGACUUUAUCAUCGCUUUGACACAUUGUCGGGUGCCUAACGAUAUCAAGCUGUGUAACGAGCUCGGAGCUGUGUCUGGCGAGGAUAAAUCGAGCGAGCACGGUGUAGACCUCGUCAUUGGCGGACAUGAUCAUAUGUACUACAUCGGCAACGGCGCCUCUAAGAGCUGGACCGGCUUCUCAGGGGACCACACCGCCAAAGGCACCGAGGACGACAAGGUCUGCCACCUCAUCAAGUCCGGUACCGACUUCCGUGACCUUACCUCUGCCGUCCUCACCCUUUCUCCUCCCUCAUCCUCCUCGGCCGUCCGUAAACAGACCAUCUCCGAAUUGACCGGCGAGCACCUCUACGUCAUGCCAUCCUCGCCCGCCUCGCCCGAAAUCACCGAACUCAUUUCCAAGCUGCUUUCGUCCGUCUCGGACACCCUGUCGAAACCGGUGUGUUUUGCGCUGACGCCGUUCGAUGCGCGGUCGGAGCUGGUGCGCACGAAAGAGACGGGUCUGGGGAAUUGGGUGGCGGAUGUGCUCUUGCAUGCGUAUGCGGAGAGUGGGAUCGAGGGAGGGAGCGGGUUUGUCGAGAGGGCGAAGGACGAUAAUAUCAAGAAUGCGCAGGGGAAGGAUCACGGGGCGGAUGUUGUUCUGCUCUGUGGAGGGACCCUGAGAGGGGACAGUCAGUAUGGUCCAGGCAAGAUCACCCUUGGCGAUAUCCUCGAGAUCUUACCUUUCGAAGACCCGGUCGUUUGUAUCGAGAUUGACGGAAAGGGUUUAUGGGAAGUCCUCGAAACAUCGCUUUCGAAAUGGCCAGCACAAGAAGGCCGCUUCCCCAUCGUAGCCGGUCUCGCUGUCCAAUGGGACCACCUCCUCCCUCCCAACCAACGCAUCAAGUCGAUCCACCUCAUCAAGAACCCAAUAGGCGACGAGGACGCGGACGAGAUUGAGCAUCCGGGGGAUAUGGUCAACUUUGUGGAGCAGGAAGAUGGGACGACGGUCGAGGUGAAUCAGAGGAAGGUGGAGUUGGGGGAGGAGGUGAAGCGCGAUGGGAGCAGGGUGUAUCGCGUGAUCACACGAGAGUAUAUGGCUCAGGGGUACGACGGGUUUGAGGGGCUCAAGAACCGCAAAUUCAUUGUGGACGACGAGAAUGGGCAGAUCAUGAGCAGUAUUAUCCGGUCUUUCCUCCUCGGUUCUGCCUAUAUCUUCCGUCAUAAACAGCUCAUGGACGCGCACGAGAGCCAUCUCUCGUCCCGUACGGACGGCGUCCUCUCCCGCGCACGCAAAGAACACAGCUCGCCCAAUACCUCGCUUGCUUCCUCGCCAGCCAGCACGCGGGGCGGGUGGGGCGGACGGGAGACCCAAAGCCAGGGCCAGGGCCAAGGCCAGGGGAAGCGCACCAUGUCGAUGUCGAUGACGACGCCCCGAGGACCGGAAUCACCCGUCCGGGGCGGGAUGUCGGACAGUCUAUCGUCUCUGCCAUCGCAUGGAAAUGGGGGCGGAGAGAGGGGAUGGGGUCAAGUCAGGCGACACGUCGUCAAGCACGAUUGGAGGAGUAUCAGGGAUGCGCUGUUUGUGGGGAGGAAUGAGCAUAUGAGCGAUGUGGAUGAUUUCAAUGGAGAUAAAGAACGAUCUCGCGGAUCGGCCAUUAUACCGAAACCGCUAAUCACCAAGACGGGGGCGGUGUUUAUCAAGAAGACGAGCGAGGAUGAGUUGAAGCGAUUAGGCGGGGAGCUGGCUAUUGUGUGUCCGUUGGUCGAUGGACGGAUGAGGGAUCUGAGUGAGGAUAAGUAG